CGGAGAUUUGAUAUUGCUAUUAUUGGCGGUGGGAUUGUAGGCUCAGCAUUGGCCUAUUUCUUGUCUUCUUCUAAUGAUGGAAAUAAAGUGACCGUCAUUGAUCGUUCCUUCUCAACAAUACAAGGAUCAACUGGCGCAGCGCCGGGAUUCGUCGGUCAACUCAAUGAAUCCGAAGUCUUGACUCGCCUUGCUAUUGAUAGUGUCAAGGAAUAUCUAAACAUUCCCGGGGGAUUUGACACAGUUGGAGGUCUUGAAAUUGCGGCCAGUCCCGAGGCAGUCGAAAAGCUCAAGUAUAGGCUCGAAUUGGCAAAGAAAGUCGGCCUCUCCGCAGAAUUAAUCACUCCUGAACUAGCAGCACGCAUGGCACCUGAUUUGGUUAAGGAAGACAACCUACUAGCCCUGCACUUUGCAGGAGAUGGCACUGCAAGCGCUUCAACGAUUGCCGCUUUCUAUCGGGAAGAAGCAAGCAAAAACGGUGCAGAGCUGAUCGAAGCAAAUGUAACAGAAAUCUGCCAGCUAGAUCGCAAUAUAAGUGGUGUUAUGACAUCCUCUGGGUUUAUUCAGGCAAAGGAGGUUAUCAUUGCUACCGGUGCCUGGGCUAUGCAACUCUGCAAUCUUGAUGUACCAGUCCCGGUUAUACCGGUCGCGCAUCCAUAUAUGUAUGGGGAAUAUCAUGAGCCAAAUCCGCAAAAGUAUCCUUUUGUUCGAUGGCCAGAAUAUCUCGUUUAUUCCCGUGAUCAUGGUCCCUUCUAUGGUUUAGGCUCUUACAACCACAAGCCUCUUUAUCAGAAGCCAGGGGAAACUGCCAUUGGCGACUGGGCCGGGCACUUUGAUAUAACCCUUAACCGCGCAUUGUCUCUUAUCCCCGAGAAGACAAAGUUGGUACCUAGAGAGAAAUUUAACGGCAUUUUCUCCAUGACCCCAGACAAUAUGCCACUAGUAGGAAAGGUUUCAUCGGUCAAUGGUCUUUACAUGGCAGCUGCGGUUUGGAUCACUCAUGCGGCUGGAUCAGCCAAGUUCUUGAUUCAAAUUAUGAAAGGAGAGACAGUGGAUGUGGCCACACAAAGGGCCCUCGACCCAAAUAGAUUCAAGGGACGCGAUAUGGAGACUUUGAUAAAGCAGGCUUUAGAUGGUUACAACCACAUCUACAAAACACAGGAGAAUUCAGAGUAGACAUUGUCAUCUCCUGAACCGAGUACAAUUAUCUUUAGCCACAAAUAUUUCGGGAUUGUCGCCUAUUGUCGUGUGAUUUCAGAUAUAUUCUCG